CCUCCCCAUGUCACUAGAGUGGAAUAGUCUAAAUGGCGAAAAGAAAGCGUGCCUGGUCACAAGGUUUGUAGGUUACGUUUGUAAGUUGCGGAUCAGUGCAUGUUAUACAAGUUAUGCUAAAACCCAUGGAAUGCUCGGACUCAUGAUCUGAUGAACUGAAUGAGUAGGAUCACUAGGAUGUGACAUCACGCACAGAAUUUUGGAAGGAAGACACGCACAGCAUCAGAUAAGAUGCCUCGUUCAAGAUCACCCAUAUCUCGAUCGUCAAGUCCCAAGCAGGAACGGCAUCGGUCAAGGCAAGAAAGGUCACGAGACAGGGAUAGGUCUCACUCAGACUCAGUGAGGAACAGAAAUGCACUUGAGUCUCCGAGAGCUAAAAAGGACUCGAGAGAAAGAACACGGGCAAGGACAACCUCCAGGGACAGUCAGAAAAGUAGAAGCAUGUCUCAGUCAUCCUCUGUACCCAAAGACUUGGGAAGGAAGAGGCGACUGAGCAGGUCUUCUUCAAGCAGUAGCAGUAGCUCUGAGUCCAGUGACUCAAGUUUUGAGAGAAGAAGAAAGAGGAAAAGAUCAAAAAGGACAAAGAAGAGAAAAAACAGCAGUUCCUCAUCUAGGUCUUCUUCUGAGACAAGAGGUCACAGCAAAGGGAAAGAGAAAAAGAAAACCAAAGACAAUGAGAGUUCAAGUAGUGAAAGUUCUUCUGACAGUUCUCAAGAGAGGAAGAGAGCAAAAAAGAAACAGAAAAAGGAAAGAAAGAAGAAGAAAAAGGCUGAGAAGAAAAGGAAGAAAAAGGAGAAGAAACAAAGAAAAAAAGAAAAGAGGAGGUUAUCAGAAAUGGCAGAAAGUGGAGUGUUGCAGGGACCUACGUUGAUGCCAGCUACAAGUACUAAUGAAACUAAGGAUGACAGUGCUAAGGCUUCCUCCAUGCGUCCGAUGACAAAGGAAGAGUGGGAAAAACAACAGAGUGUAGUUCGGAGAGUGUUCGACCCUGAUACUGGAAGGAACAGACUGGUAAAAGGAGAUGGGGAGAUUAUUGAAGAGAUUGUGAGCAAGGAAAGACAUAAACAGAUUAACCAGCAAGCCACACAAGGAGAUGGACUCAGCUUCAUGCGGGGUCUGGGCCUGAAUAAAUAAGUGUAUUGAGUGUUAUAAGUUAUGAUAUAGUGGUCAGUAUUAAGAUGCUUUUACUGCUGUUGAUAGUAUGCACAGUGAAAGGAAGAUGCAGAUAAUAAAUACAUGAGAGCUUCACAUUGAAGGCCAGAAGAUGAUUAUGAAGACUUCAUACUGCAUGAAAUUUAUAUAUAUAUAACUGUUGUACACUGAAUGUACUAAGAAAACAAGAAGAGUGUUGUUGGCUAAGACUAAUUUUUGGGUGUUUAUUAUAUUAAUAAACAACAAGCAGCAUGUCAAUGAAUUCACAAUUUUAUAUAAGAGUGAUCAAGGGCAUUCUAUGUAAUACAAAAUGUACCCUCAAAAUGACCUUGUGUUGGUAUUAGGUUAAUAAAGAUUUUUUGCUGGUGUUGCAAACUUUU